GCCCGUCUUGCGCUCCCUGAGCCGCGGGCGCGCACGAUGGUCGGCCUCACGCCGCGUGUCGACUACCUGGCGGGCUUCUGCUGCCCGCUCGGGGGCCUGGCGGCGGGCAAACCCCGCAUGCUGUGCCUCGGGGCGGAAAUCUUCCUGUCCACCGGGAGCGAGCUGGUUUAUGUCUACGACCGGGAGCGGGGGCUGCUGACCGCAGUGUACAAGUUUCCGGGUCAAGUGUGGCACCUGGAGCUCCUGGCCCUUCGCAGGGCGCUUUAUGUCCUGUGCGCCCGCAGGGGCAUCUACUGCUUGUCGUUGGACCAGGCGAGUAGGUCUGUGAGCCAGGAUGAUGGAGAUGACAAGGAUGAUGGGGAUGACGGGGACAGUGAGGACAGUCAGGAUGGUGAGCCGCCUUCCUCUGUGAUCCCCGUGGAUCCAGACGCCUGUGUCCUCCCUGAUGCCACACUGUGCACUUUCACUGUGCUCGACGACGUGCUCAUCACCCUGGCGCAGGGCCCCACCCAGUGGAAGAUGCAGCUGUUUAAGUGUCCCUGUCCAGGGGAGGACCCCAGGCCCAGAGGCCAGAUCGGUGAGGUGGAGUUAUCCACCUGCAUCCCCCCAGCUGGGAGCCCCAGGGAGCCCACAGCCCCCCAUUUCCUCCCAGUACUGUGCUGUGUGUCACCGCAGGGCUCCAGAGUCCUACACAGCCACCUGCGGGGAUCCGGGGGCUUCACGCUGGAGGAGACCCUCUUUGGGCUACUCUUUGGAGCUGACGCCUCCCUCCUGGAGUCACCCGUUAUCCUCUGCGGUCUCCCCGAUGGCCACCUUUGCUGUGUGGUCCUGAAGACCCUAGUCACCUCCAGGUUGGCCCCUGGUGACCCGAAGGCCCUUGUCAAGAUCCUCCAUCACCUGGAGGAGCCUGUUGUCUUCAUUGGGGCCUUGAGGACAGAGCUGCUGGCUGAGGACGUGGAGGAGUCACACUCUGACUGCCUGGUGGCACUUGGUCACCAUGGCCGGACACUGGUCAUGAAGGCCAGCUGGGAUGAGGCUGGAAAUCUGGUGCCAGUGCUGCGGGAAUACUGCCUCCCGGGGCCUGUGCUCUGUGCAGCCUGUGGCAGGGGCAGCUGCAUGUACCACAGCACCCCCUCAGACCUCUGUGUGGUGGACCUGGCUUGGAGAGGCACUCCCUGGGACCCCACACAGCCGGAUGGCAGCCCAGGAGGCCUGCCCUCUCUGCUGUGUCCAACCACCUUGAAUGUAUGCAGCGUUGUCACCCUGUCUGUGUCACCUAGGGCACCUGAAGGUGGCGCUGAGCUCUUGGCCUUGUCUGCCAAAGGCCGCCUGAUGACCUGCAGGCUAGACCUGAACUCUGAGACGCCUUGCCCCACCAGAGUGACUGCAGCAAACACUGGCCAAAAAAUCAAGGAAUUUCUCUCUGGAAUUUUCACCGUCUCUGAGAGAGUGUCUUCUCUGAAGAAGGCUGUUGACCAGCGCAACAAGGCCCUGACGUGCCUCAAUGAAGCCAUGAACGUGAGCUGCGCCCUGCUGUCAACUGAGGAGGGCCCCAGGCCCAUCUCCUGCACCACCACCACGUCCUGGAGCCGCCUGCAGCUGCAGGACAUGCUGACAGCCACCUGCCUGCUGGAGAACAGCAGUGACUUCAGCCUGGACCAGGGCUGGGCCUUGUGCGUCCAGGUGCUCACCAGCUCCCGUGCCUCAGAGUUGGACUUGGCCAGCUCGGCGGUCACUUACACCAUCCCCGUGGACCGACUCGGCCCUGGCAGUCGGUGGGAGGUGACACUGCCCCUGGGCCCUGGCGAGGACGGCGUGCUCGAUCUGCCCGUGACUGUGUCGUGCACACUCUUCUACAGCCUCAGGGAGGUCGUGGGCGGGGCCCUCAUCCCCUCAGACUCUUUCAACGACCCCUCUUUGGAUGAGCACUCUCUUGAUGUCCUGCCUGAGCAGGAGGGCAUCUGCUUGCCCCUGAGCAAGCACACGGUGGACAUGUUGCAGUGCCUGCGCUUCCCCAGCCUGGCCACACCCCACAUGCAGGCCCCUGGCCCACUCAGCCCUGCCAGCGACCCCGUAGACACCUUCCUGGGAGCUUGCCUUGGGCCAGGCAGCGAGCUGGCAGGACCUGCGUCUCUGCAGGCCAAGUACCUGCCUCCGUCGGUGGCCGCCAUCAAGAUGUCAGUGGAGCUGCUGAGGGCCACCCUGGGGGACAGUCACUCAGGUGUGUCCCUGUGCUGUGCCACCCUGCAGUGGCUCCUGGCCGAGAAUGCUGCUGUGGACAUCCUGAGGGCCCGAGCACUGUCCUCUGUACAGGGAGUGGCCCCAGAUGGCACUGACGUCCACCUCAUUGUCCGUGAGGUGGUGGUGACUGACCUGUGCCUGGCAGGGCCCAUCCAGGCCAUGGAGAUCCAGGUGGAGAGCUCCUCUCUGGCCAACAUGUGCAGGGCUCACCACGCUGUCAUCGGGCGUAUGCAGAGGAUGGUCAUGGAGCAGGCUGCCCAGGGCUCCAGCCCGCCUGACCUCCGUGUGCAGUGUCUCCGCCAGAUCCAGGCCAACCACGAGAUGCUGCUGCGGGAGGUGCAUACCCUGCGUGACCGGCUGUGCAUGGAGGACGAAGCCCGCUCCCGCACCACCGCUGAGAGGCUCCUGCAGGUGUACAGGCAGCUUCGCAGCCCCAGCCUCCUCCUGCUGUGACGCAGCUGCCCAUGGCCUCCGCAUGCAACCUGGUCACUGCUGGGCAGUCUCCCACCCAGAGCAUUGGGCUGGAUCAGCGACAUCCCCUCCGCUUGGAAGUCAGGCCCAGGAUACAGAGUCUGGACCCCACAGCAGGAGCAUCAUUGCCCGAGCGGCCUGCAGAGGCCAUGCGGAAACAGGGUUUCUGGGGCUGGGGCCUGGGGCCGGUUUGUAUGUGUUCCCACCUCUCCAC